AUGGCUACUACACAGUUACAGAGACCUUCCAUGAGUGCAUUGGUAUUUCCCAAUAAAAUAUCAACUGAGCAGCAGUCUUUGGUAUUAUUAAAGAGGCUUCUAGCAGUGUCAGUAUCCUGUAUCACAUAUUUGAGAGGAAUAUUUCCAGAAUGUGCUUAUGGAACAAGAUAUCUGGAUGAUCUUUGUGUCAAAAUUCUGAAAGAAGAUAAAAAUUGUCCAGGAUCUACACAGUUAGUAAAGUGGAUGUUAGGUUGCUAUGAUGCUUUACAGAAAAAAUAUCUAAGGAUGGUUGUUCUAGCUGUAUAUACAAAUCCAGAAGACCCUCAGGCAAUUUCAGAAUGUUACCAAUUUAAAUUCAAGUAUACCAAUAAUGGACCAGUAAUGGACUUCUUAAGUCAAAACCAAAACAAUGGAUCUAGCAUGUCCUCUGCUGACACUAAGAAAGCAAGUAUUCUCCUCAUUCGCAAGAUUUAUAUUCUAAUGCAAAAUCUGGGACCUCUACCUAAUGAUGUUUGUUUGACCAUGAAACUUUUUUACUACGAUGAAGUUACACCACCAGAUUACCAGCCUCCUGGCUUCAAGGAUGGCAACUGUGAAGGAGUGAUAUUUGAAGGGGAGCCUAUGUACUUAAAUGUGGGUGAAGUCCCAACACCUUUUCACACCUUCAAAAUAAAAGUGACCACUGAGAAAGAACGAAUGGAAAACAUUGAUUCAGCUAUACUGUCACCAAAACUAUCAUUAAAAACACCACUUCAAAAAGUCCUGAUGGGCAAAGAUGAUCUAGAAGAUGAACAGGAGCAUUACAUAAGUGAUGAUUUUGACACUGAAAGUAAAAUGGAAGAGCAAAAAAAAAACUGUGGAUCUUCUGAACUUGGAGAACAAAACUUAGUUUGUGAGGAAGAUGUAAUUAUGAGUUCUAAAGAAAUUCCAGAUCUUUCAGUUUCUUAUUCUCAGGUUGAACAGCUAGUCAAUAAAACCUCAGAACUUGAUGUGUCUGAAAGCAAAACAAGAAGUGGAAAAAUCUUUCAGAAUAAGAUGGUUAAUGGAAAUCAACCAAUAAAACCUUCUAAAGAAAAUAAGAAAAGAAGUCAUCCUGAAUCAGUGAAAACAGUCCUCCAUCACUUUGAUUCUUCUAAUCAAGAGUCAAUGCCAAAAAGGAGAAAGUUUAGUGAACCAAAGGAACAUAUAUAA